CCGCCUCUCUCAAAACUGGUGUUUUUGGAGCUCCCUGAUCGUUUGCCGUUGCAGAGUUUUUGCUCAGCUAUGGCAAUGACAAUGGCAAUGAACGUGGCUUCGGCCCAGGCCAUGCUGGCUGUCUGUGGCCACAGGGAAUUUGGGGCGGUAAGGCACUGCGCUGUCGCCCUGCCUCCGCUGCGGUCUGCAGCUGCUCUGCCGCGGAGGCUUGUGGUGGUUCGCGCUACGAGUCAAGUGGAAGCUGGCUCGUCGGCGUCGUCGAAGCCCACUGUUCCAGACACUGAGAUUUCGAUUACCAAGACAUCUUUCGGUACCAUCGGACUGGUAGUCGGCGUUGCUUUGCUGUCCUACGGAUUCGGAGCAUAUUUCACUGUCUUACCAGGGUCUGAAGUGUCAGCACUUAUGCUCACUUACGGUUUCCCUCUGUCUGUCAUUGGAUUCGCUCUCAAGUAUGCAGAGCUGAAGCCUGUGCCCUGCAUUACAUACGAGGAUGCAUUCAAGCUACGUGAUGCUCAAGCUACAGAAAUUUUGGUUCAGGUAAGGAGCGAUGUGACACGCUUUAGAUAUGGAGAUGAGCAGCAUCUCGAGGAAGCUUUGAAGCGCAUAUUCCGUUAUGGUCAGGGUGGAGGAAUCAUAAGAAGAUACGCUCCUACAUUGCAAUCUAUUCGAGAAGAGGUGAGACAAGGCAAAUACUGCCUUACAUUGGUAUUUGAAGCCCCGAACCUGAAGUUGUCAGAUUUUGAAGAUCGGCAGCCAAAGUUUCAAUCGUUUUUUGGGCCUGGGGUGACAGCCGAGAUUGCCAAUGGCGAAGCAGAGAAUGUGUACGAAGUCAGGCUCAUAGCUCUAGACCCAAAGGCGGCCUCUGUAUGAGCUUCUGCGACGUAGCGUAGGCGCUUCCGAAGGGAAGUCCGUGACUUGACCUACUCUAGGCUUGUAGCAACUUUGAUGAAACUGGGUUUUCAAUCAGAUGCGUCGAGGAAGAGAACAUAGAGGUUAAGCAACACAGUGUCUGCUUGCUUACAUUCAUACGCACAUAGAUACUAUCUGCGCCAAGAUGAAGAUGUAGUGGGAUCUAAAUUUCUCCAGCGUGUGACCUACUUUCUGUAUUGCGACAGGUUUUUUGUCGAAACCUUGGUGUCUCAAUCUUGCUUACAAGGUCUUUGGAGUGUUGUACGCUAGCUUGUAGUGUUAUUGUCUGAUACAUUUCGUUUUUGAGAGAAUGAAAUCGCUCCUUUGUAUUCUUUGUUCACCCAAGGUGAGGAGCUAUUUCUCAUUUUUAUGAAAUUUGGUCGAAGUGAGCUGCAAUAUCCUAGACCAAUGAUGUGAUUCGCGUUUGAAAAAAUAAAAAAUUUGGUACCCAUUAACAUGGCA